GCUUCUAGUUUUUAGGCUGACUUUUAGCAGAAAGGUUCUUGUAAGAUUGUUUCCAGAGCCUUUAAACUGCCCUCAGGGUGUGCAAGUUAAUUCUGCUACUUUGUGGUUCUCAUCUUUAGUAUCUUCCUUUUUUUAUUAAUUUAUUUUUUUCAAAGAUGCAAAGCCAAUAAAAACUGAGCUGCUAUUAAUGAAUUACUCUUGCUUUUGAAUCACAUCCCUGUUUUAAGUAUAACGAUAAUUGUUGCUUGUUUUUGUGCCCGCCUGACAUUCACUUUUUUUCUUUUUCUUUUUUUCUUCUUCCUUCCCUAGUGGAGUAUCAACUGUUGCUUUUCAUCAUCGUUUUUGUUGGUAGUUUUGCCAGUGACGUGACAUUGUUCUUUCCUUCUGAGUGUCUUCACUGUCUUGACUAUAUUGGUGUUGCUGAAAAUACUAUCCUUCACACUUCAAAGUCAACAAUGAGUCAGAAGGCAUCGGACAUGGACAAAUAUAUGGAUUUGUGUCAUGCUGCUAAGUUAAUUAAGCAGACCAGCAGUCACAUCUCAGCCACACCACCAACCACCCGUUGAUCACCAUGGAGAACGAACAGAAGCAAGUGUUAGACAUGCUCCAGCGACCCUUUCGUCUGCCAACUCGAAAAGAGGAGGAUCAUCCCAUUGUGUUUGAAGUGGGUACCCGUGUGGCAGGAAGCCAACCACCACCUCAGCCCCUUGCUCUUGCUCGCUCCAUUCCCAGAGGCACCGUCUUCUCUAUUUUCGUGAAGAGCCAUCGUCUGGCCGCUAAGGAACUUUGUGACUACUUCAUGGAGACAAGCAGUGUGACGGAGCUCAAGCAAAGGGUGGAUGAGAUGCAAGGAUUGGUCAAUGAGAGUCUUUUCAUCUUUGCCCUAUCCUUUGUAAUCAUCAGGAAGCCGGAGAUGAGACAUCUGCGCCUGCCUAGCAUUGUGGAAAUCUUCCCCAGCAUGUUUGUGCCAGUGACCACCGUGUCAGAGAUGGAACACGAGGCCAAGAAAUCCACCCCUGACCAAGAGAUCAUAGUAACAGAAUAUGGACCAGAGUUCUCCAGCACUCACCUCAAGCCUGAGCACCGAGUAGCCUACUGGCGUGAGGACUUUGGUAUUAAUUCCCACCACUGGCACUGGCAUCUUGUCUACCCUGUGGACCUUGGUGUGAGUAGGGACCGCAAGGGGGAGCUUUUCUUCUACAUGCACCAACAAAUGCUUGCUCGUUAUGACAUGGAUCGGCUGAGUGUCGGCCUGAACAGGGUGCAAAAACUGAGCAACUGGCGCAUCCCCAUCCCUGAUGGCUACUUCCCCAAGCUGACCAUCAACAACUCUGGCCAGACAUGGGGCUCCCGGCAGGACAAUACAUUAAUACAGGAAUAUAAGCGUGAAGAAUUUGGGUUGCUGCCAUUUGAUGUCUCUACCCUUGAGUUGUGGCACAGGAGGAUCAUGGAUGCCAUUCAUCAGGGCUAUCUUAUCAAUCGUGAUGAUAACCUGACAAGGCUCACAGACAAUGUCAAACCACCUGAGAAGCGUGGAAUUGACCUUCUUGGUGACAUAGUGGAAGCAGACAGCUACUUCAGCCUCAACAGUCUCUUCUACGGUGACCUGCACAACAUGGGGCAUGUCAUCAUUUCAGCCGCCCAUGACCCAGACAAUGCUCAUCGAGAGAACCUUGGAGUUAUGUCUCAGACAGCCACAGCCAUGAGGGACCCUGUGUUCUAUCGCUGGCACAAGUACAUUGAUGACAUCUUCCAGGAGUACAAGCUCACUCAGCCACCAUACACUGCUGAGGAACUGUCCCUGUCAUCAGUUGAGGUGGUGUCAGUGGCUGUAGAGAGCCGAGGCCAGAAAAACCAGCUUAUUACUGGCUGGAGCACUCGUGAUUUUGAGGCGAGUCGUGGACUGGACUUCAAUGCAGAUAAGCCAGUAAUAGUGCGACUCACCCAUCUCAACCAUCAUCCCUUUGUCUAUAGCAUCAAGGUUGUCAACAGUGGCAGUGUAUCAAAGGAAGUGACAGUGAGGAUCUUCAUGGCACCCAAACUUAAUGAAAGAGGAGUGGAGAUGAACUUCAUGGAACAGCGUCUCUUCUGGGCUGAGAUGGACCGCUUCACUCACGAUUUGAAGCCUGGCCCAAACCACAUUCUACGUUCCUCCACCUCCUCAUCUAUCACAAACUCAAAUGACUUCACCUUCCGUGACCUGGAGAAGCAGCCGAACCCAGGCGAACCAGAUGCUCCUGAAAACACCCUCUUUAAUUUCUGUGGGUGUGGCUGGCCCCAACACAUGCUACUGCCACGUGGGAAGCAAGAGGGAAUGUCCUUUGAGCUCUUUGUGAUGGUCACUGAUUGGAGUCAGGACAAGGUGGCACAGCCUGAUGGUGCCUGUUCCUGUUCUGCUGCUGCAUCAUUCUGUGGUAUUCUGGAUGCCCUCUACCCUGAUGCCCAGCCCAUGGGUUUCCCCUUCGACCGCCGCCCCUUGCCCAUGUUACUCAACAGACACGUGGAAAGGACCUCAGAUCUGACACGUCUCAGCAACAUAGCCAUGCAAGAUAUCACCAUCACCUUCACCAAUGCUAAGAUCACCCAGUAA